AUGGCACUCAAAACGCACCUUACUGUCCUUCAAGAGACAGCUCGUCGCGCCCCAUCCUCCGUCGCGUUCAAGCUUCCCCGAGCCGAUUCUCAGAGCACCUACGCUCAUGACUGGUACUCAGUUACCUAUCAGCAAUUCCUUCACGAUGUUGAACUCUUCGCUCGACACUGGUUGUCGGUCCUCAGCAGCAAUGGUGUUGCACCUGGCUCUGUCGUGAGCUUGUGGCUAGGUGGUUACGGCUAUGCCGAUGUACUUAAUAUCUAUGCUAUAUCGCGGGCUGGUUUCAUUCCUCAACUCUUUUCUCUUCGAUUACCUUCCCCGGAAGUCGUCUUCGAGCUUAUUCUUUCCUCGGGGUCCAAGUCAAUCAUCUAUGAACCAGCGUUUUCAGAUGUCCUGAAAGCCUGUCCCGUACCAACCUAUCUAGCAUUGGUCCCAGAAACUGUCUCAGUAGUGGAUUGCACACUCCCGCCUCUCCCGAACCCUACCGCUGAUGGCAUCGCAUUCUUUUUCCAUACGAGUGGUUCUACUGGGGGUAGUCCAAAGCUUGUCCCUUGUACUUAUCGUUGGUUGGACUCCAUGGUUUCCAAAUCCUAUCAAGUUUCUCAGCCACUCCAUUCCAGCCGUCAGGAUGUCACUGUUUGGAUGGGAUCUAUGUGUCAUAUUGGCCAGUCCUUCAUGUUAAUCGGCAGUCUGCAACAUGGUUCCUGCGUCAUUCAACCUUCCACGAUUUCUUUUUCGGCGCAAGAACUUGCUGCCAUGAUCCAACGUUGCGGUCUUAAUCGCCUGAACCAAUUCGCCGCUUUCUUGGCUAAUCAUCUUCGUGCUGCGCGUCAAGACGCAAAGCUUCUGUCUCUUCUAUGCAGUCUCGACCAAGUAUUGACAAGUGGUAUGCCUCUUGCGCGUGAAGAAGAAGACUGGGCAUACGCAAACGGCAUCAAACUCAAGAACCUCUUCGGGAGUACUGAAGCUGGUGGAAUGCUCACUUCAAUCGGCGGUAGUGGAGGUGACGCACGGCUGCUUGUACCCCUUGAGGGUACGGCUUACGCUUUUAUUCCUAUCGAGGGCGAUUCUACGGCGAUCCACCAAUCAACCGGUCGGAUGCUUGAGUUCGUUAUCCUCGCUGAGUCGCGGGACUGUCCCCACAGCUCUCUUCGUCAUGGCGAUGGAAACUUUCAUACUGGCGACUUAUUCCAAGAGGUCGCUCCUGGUCGUUAUCUUUCAUGUGGCCGCAACGAUGACUGGAUCAAGUCAGAAAAUUCAUUGAGAUGCGAUACCAAAUCAAUAGAAGACAAUGCACGAAUGAUGUGCGGUGAACUGAUUGCUGAGUGCAUCGUGGUUGGAAGCGGCCGGCCGUCUCCUGUGUUGUUCGUCGAGCCAGGCACGGACAUGGACCACGAAAAGCUUAAAAAGGAGAUUAUUCGUCAAACACGACUAUUCCACUCGCGACGGUAUCUCCACGAACGCAUCACAUCUUCGAAGCACAUUGUGGUCGUUCCCCCCAAAACCCUUCCACGGACGCUCACCAAGGGCAACAUCAGACGGGGAGCCGUCGAAACCCAGUACAAAACUCUACUCGAUGGAAUCUUUGCCUGCUAG